AUGCGUCGUAGUGUUGUUGUUCUUUGGACUUUUUCGAACAAUACUGGGCAUUAUAGCCCACCUGUGUAUAUGCCGCUAGAGUAUGCUAGCCGUGUGACAAACCAGAAGCAACUAGUGUUUACGCAUCCCAAGGAUCCCAAGUACGGUUGGAAUACUCACGUGGAGGAGCUUGCAUCUCUCCAUCCUGGUAUUUUGGGGCCUGGUCGCCGAACCCCUCAGUUGAAUUGGUAUAAUCGAGGUGGUAUUGUUUGCGAAAUUCCGCCCGUGCCGGUGUAUCGCCGGCACAUUUGGUGCCAAGGGCACUCCCACUUUAUCCUCCAGCAUCCGAAGAUUUUUAUUAAAUGCCCUCCGGGUGUUGUUGUGUGCUGCAAGUGGUGUCGACUGAAGUUUAUCAACAUGUCUACCGAGGACGACAACGAUGAUGACUGGCAGAGUGAGGAGCACAAAAUUUCGACAACACCGGAAUCUGUGAGUGAUUUAAUGCAGCCCAAACGCGAUAUUGGAGGGGUUUUGCGUGACAGAACGUUUCAGGAUGGUAAAGAGCCUGAUCCACAUGUCUAUCGUUCCGUUUUUGACCCCGAGCGGCACCGAUGGAAGCAUCCGCAUCAUAAGUAUGAGGUGCAUCCAGCAUAUGCGGACACCAAUAAGGACGGCAGUGGUGGUGCUGUGCAUUAG